AUGGCGUCGCCACCUUCUCCUUCCGCUUCUCAGUUCCUCCUCCUCCUCCUCCUCUUCGUCCUCGCUCUCUACACCGCGACGCCUUCCGCCCUCACCUGCACCACGCAGAAGCUCACCGACUCUGCCAACAACCUCUACGCCAACUGCCUGGACCUCCCCGUGUUGGAUUCCUUCCUCCACUGGACCCACGACCGCGCCAACUCCUCCCUCUCGGUGGCCUUCCUGGCGACGCCGCCGAGCCCCGGGGGGUGGGUCUCCUGGGGGAUCAACCCCACGGGGAUCGGCAUGGUGGGGGCGCAGGUGCUGGCGGGGUUCAAGGGCGGCGAAGGCGGCGCAGUCACCGUGAAAACGUUUGACUUGAAGUCAUACGGGGUCAUUAAUCCCGGGAAGCUGUCGUUCGAGGUGUGGGACAUGAAGGGCGAAGAGGUCGGAGGGAUGAUUAGGAUCUUGGCGAAGGUUAAGGUUCCGGUGAAGGGGGAGAGUGUCAACCACGUAUGGCAGGUGGGACCCUCAGUCACCGGUGGGAUGAUCGCCAGGCAUGACUUCAAACCCGCCAAUUUGAAUUCCAAGGGAACUCUUAGCUUCAGUGGGGAACAGAGUAAUGUUGCCCCUGCGGUCGACCCCGUCACAGUAAAGAAAAAUAUUCAUGGAAUUCUAAAUGGUGUGAGUUGGGGUGUGCUGUUUCCCCUUGGAGUGAUGAUAGGAAGGUAUCUGAGGACUUUUCCAUCUGCAGAUCCAGCUUGGUUCUAUCUUCAUGUUGGUUGCCAGGUCUCUGCUUAUGCCAUUGGCGUUGCGGGAUGGGGAACAGGUAUGAAACUGGGAAGCGAAUCAGAGGGGAUUCAAUACAGUGUGCAUCGCAAUAUCGGAAUUACCCUCUUUUGCUUUGCCACCCUACAGGUUUUCGCAUUGUUCCUGAGGCCAGGGAAGAGUCACAAGUACAGGUACAUAUGGAACAUGUAUCACCAUGGCAUUGGGUACAGUGUGGUUAUCUUGGGAAUCAUCAACGUAUUCAGGGGCUUCAGCAUCUUGCAUCCUGAAGAGAAAUGGAAAACAACUUACACUGCAGUGCUUAUUGCACUGGGGGUAGUUGCCUUAUUCUUGGAAGUUAUCACUUGGAUUGUUGUGUUGAAGAGAAAGUCUGAGAAGUCCCCCAAAACUUAUGAUGGAUACACUGGACAACCAACUACAGACCAACCCCUUCAGUAA